AAGUGACAGUUGCAGGUGGCGCCACAGUCCACGUAAACAAAAUUCCUCCGGAAAAUUUUUCAGUGGAAAAAAAUGAGCGGCCUGAAAGAGAUCAGAAUAAUUGUGAAAUGGAGUGGAAAAGAGUAUGAAAUUGGUGAUUUGACUGAACAGGACACAGUGGCCUUGCUGAAGCAUGAGAUAUGCAAGAGGACCAAUGUCCAGCCGAACAGGCAGAAGUUGCUGAAUCUCAAGUACAAAGGUAAGUUUGCUCCUGAUGACACCAGGCUGUCUGCCCUGGAGAUUAAGCCGAAUUUCAAGUUGAUGAUGGUGGGCAGCAUUGAGGCUGACAUCGAGGAAGUUUGGAAGGUGCCUGAGGAGGAAGAUGUGAUAGAUGACUUUGACACAGCGCAUCCCUUCGAGGAGCAAUCGUAUGACAAGCAAGAGGUGUAUCUGACCAAGAUCAGCAAACGCAUUCGUGACUACAAGAUUGAGAUGCGAAAUGAACCGAGAGAAGGAAAGAAAUUGCUGGUCCUGGACAUCGAUUACACUCUUUUUGAUCAUCGCUCAUCGGCUGAGCAGGGCAGUGAAUUGAUGAGGCCAUUCCUGCAUGAAUUCCUAACAUCUGCCUACCAGAACUACGACAUUGUGAUCUGGAGUGCGACCGGGAUGCGUUGGAUUGAGGAGAAGAUGAGACUUUUGGGUGUCAGCACCAAUGAGAAUUACAAGAUUCUCUUCUACCUGGACAGUGCAGCAAUGAUCAGUAUCUACACGGGUGACCAUGGGGUGAUCGAUGUGAAGCCCUUGGGAGUGAUUUGGGGCAAAUUUAAGCAAUUCUCAGCCAAGAACACCAUCAUGUUCGAUGACAUUCGACGCAAUUUUCUCAUGAAUCCCAAAUCCGGGCUACGGAUCAGACCCUUCCGUCAGGCCCAUAUCAAUCGCUCAACAGACCGAGAACUCCUCAAGCUUGCCGUCUACCUCAAGGACAUUGCUGAACACUCUGAGGACUUCUCCAAGUUGGAUCAUCGCAAAUGGGAACACUACAAACCCUAAAAAUCUCUUUUUGCAUUUUGUCCUUUGUCUCUUCCAAGCAAAUAAAAUCUUUUUGUAUCCUUAA